AAGUAUUUAAGUAUUUAGGUAUUGAAAACCUACCAAUUUUGUCAUCUCCGACCAAGGACACCUAUGUUCCAAAUUAGAAUUCAGCUUUCAAGUAUGUCAACAUCUUUUGUUUUUUAACUUUUGACUGCUAUUAUGCCACAGAAAAAGAAAUGCGUCAACGCAACAUGUCAGUAUAUGAAAAAAUUUGAAAGAGGAGACUCAAUUCAAUUAGGUGGCAAAAAAUCGAAUACCAUGCAGAGUAACCAUGACAUGCUCCUUGAGCAAAAUACAGAAUCAUUCUCGCCACAUAAAUGUUGUGCGUCAACGCCAUGUAAGCAGGAGCAACCGCAACCAAAGCGCAAAUUUAACUGCAAGAAAAUUUGCGUAUCGAAAGAUCCUAACAUGGUUGCAGAACUAUGCCCUGACACAAAGUUUAAAUCAGAGUCAACUGAUAAUUUCCAUGAUUGUGCGAGUGAUAUGGAUUGUGAUAAUACUAAAGAUAUGAUAAAGGAGGGUUUAAAUAAAUUAGCCAAUAUAUGCUCGCCUGAAAUAACCUGUAAUGAAUUACGGUCUAAAUUGGAUAAUUUUGCACAAAUGUUGAACACUUUAGAGGAUCCAACUGAUUUCUAUGAAGGUUUACUAAAACUCACGAAGCUAACGGAAGAACUUUUCAAAGCUUUUGAUAUAUCUUACCAGACAACUAGUAAAGUUGAGUCAUGUCCAAAAAAACAAAAAGAGUGCAAACAUAAGCGAACAAAACUACCUCCAAAUGAUAAAAUGUGCGGUACUUGCAGUCAGAAACGCGCGAUGGCAAAACCCGUUAUGCAAUGCUGUGAGCGACAUAAAGGCAACAAGUCUUGUAAGACAGAAAAAAAGCCGCCAAAGUGUAAGCCCAAAAAUAUUUGCCCUUCAUGUGGUCAAGACACGGCAUAUGUAAAGCCCGGCGAUCAUGGCUGUGAGACAAAAAAACCUGAAAACAGUUGCGAGUCGAAAAAAGAAAAGGAGAAACCCAAGCGGAGUUGCGGGCAAAAGGAAACUAAAAAAUGUGGUCACCCCGAGAAAGCGGAAUCCGAAGCUAAACAGUGCUGUCCGCGGCCCAAACCACAUAACACCUGUACAGCACGAAAGGAUCAAGAGAAAAGCAAAAAUUGCUGUCAGUUGAAGAAAGCAGCAUCACAAUCGAAUUGUGAGCAAACCAAACCUAAAAAGUGUGGUCAGCCCGAGAAAGCAGAAUCCGAACCUAAACAGUGCUGUCAGCGGCCCAAACCACAAAAGACCUGUAAAGCACAAAAGGAUCAAGAUAAAAGCGGGAAUUGCAGUCAAUUGAAGAAAGCAGCAUCACAAUCAAGUUGUGAGCAAACCAAACCUAAAAAGUGUGGUCAGCCCGAGGAAGCUGAACCUAAACCUAAAAAUUGUUGUCAGCGGAACAAACCACAAACAACCUGUGCUUCCAAAAAACCAAAAUCAUCAUGUGAAGAUGCAUCCAUCAAGAAUUCACCAUGUUCAGCAACAAAAUCACAACAAGCAUGCUCAAGUCCCCAAGAUCAAGACGCAUUUGAAUAUCCUCAAACAUUGACAAAAUGUAAACCUUUUUGUAAGAAUAAAUGUUCAAGGCAACCAAAAUGCGCAGGAAAACAAAUAGGAAAACUAAAUAAACAAAAGGAAAACAAUCGAACCGGUGGACAAUGUUGUCAAUCAAGAACUGAACAUACGCAACAGGCUGAGGGAAAAUGUCAAAAAGCCAAUCAAUCUGUUCAAAGUUGCGAGUCACAAAAAUCUAAAAAGUCUUGCGGUGCAGAGCGACAACCCAUUUGUUUAAAAAAACAAAAAAUGCAAAACGUGGUUCAGAAUGGAAAAGCAUAUUUAAUAGACCCAAUUUCAGUAUUGGUACCAAUUAGAAUCAAAAGAAAGGUAGCUAAGAAGCCUACCUGUGAAAAAAAUGACUGCGACUCUGUACAAUCCGAGCCUAAAUCAGAAUGUGAAACGGACACGGAACCAGAACCAGAACCUCCUUGCAUGCCAGAACCUGUAAUUGAGGUCGAAGAUGAAUGUGAACCAGGCCCAGUUCGUUGUCCUGGUGGUGAUACGGUCAUGAAACACAAGUUAAGAAAACUUAAAAGGCGCAGGUCUCCCAAUGAACCAGAAAUGGAUACCGUACAUUUAGCUUCAGAAACAACUAUUUUCUCUUUUGAAGAAAGUAGAUCGUCUUUCUCCACGCAAAACGAUGACACAGAAUAUCUGAUAAAGGAAAUUUACUAUGAUGAUAAUGAAUCCUUUACAAAAUACAUAUCCUAAAUACAAAUUAAAUUGAAAAAUUACCUGUAAUAGUUUAAGAUAAGCUGAAUUCUAAUUUUGAACAUAUGGUAGUCAUGAAAUAAAUUUUUUUCAAUUACAUAGAAUAAAAACGCGUAUAAA